AUGGCGACCGCCCUCCAGCAGCAGCUGGCUGCUAUUGCCGCCAACAGCACUCACCAGUUGGACUUGAAGGCGCAAAAAGCUAGACACAGCAAAUCACUCCUCUUCGAGCCACGAGAUGCAGCGACCCAGACCUUCGAAACGAUAUACCAAAUUAGUCUCGAAGGCUUUGAAGACUUAUGCCAUCUCGACUCUCGUUUCGUUCCUUUCGCGCGGAACCUCUUCAGCGAGCAGAGCAAGAGCGAGGACCGAACACAGAUGACGGCGAAAGAAAAUGAGGAGCUGGACAGGGUGAUCGAAAGUUUUCUGGGAUUGCUGGGAGGGCGCUUGCUAUUGAAACCCGCGAUCAAGGCUGCAGAGUGGCUAGUGCGAAGAUUCAGUGUUCAUGAGCGCAAUACAGAGGCUGUCUUGUUCACCUUUCUGCCCUACCACUCAACGCACAUUUUUCCAACCUUGUUGUCGAUACUACCGGAACAGCUGCCGGUAAAUUUCAGAUUCCUGCAUCCGUAUGUGUCAUCAUUGCAGAGUCCGCCAAGACAUGCGGUGGUCGCGGCCGCAAGCAAUCACCCGGCUUUCUUCACGGCGUUCAGCAAGAUUGUCUUGGGCGUGGCGAGGGCGGGAAACCAAUCAGCACCUCUACUGGGAUUCUGGGCAAGUAUCACAGCCCAAGCCGUCAAUGGUAUGGUAGAUGCGACACGAUCUGGACGAGAGACGAUCCGAAAACAGAAAGAGGAAGAUCUGCUGCUGAAGGUGCUUCCGGUACUGCAAAACGCUCUGAGCAUCAAGGGAGCGCCAGAGCUUUAUUUGGGAUCGUGCAUGGUUAUCGUCAUACUUGCGACUAAAGCGUCGCUCAGCGAUAAGGUGCUCAAUGCGCUCAUGGAAGCGGUGGCGGGCAGCUGGAACGACCAGACUGUUGACGAAGGCAUGACCUGUCUAGCUGUGCUUGCGGAGGAGAAAGACCUCGGGCUUCCCAGCUCUACAAUUCGUGCAAUCCUACAGCAGCCACAAAGUUUGGACACUAUCCUUCGCAUAGGAGGCAAAUGUCGCGUGGAAAAAUUACUUGUCGGAACUUCGCUUGGGGCUGUCGAAACCCUCAAACGAAAGCCAAACCCGUUCGCUUCUGCGUUCCUCCAAGGUCUUCCUUUCGCCGCGCUGACACAGGAGCACCGAUUGGCCGUCAUGUAUGGCAUUCUACAAGCAGCUGAAAAGUGUGACGGAGAAGAUGACAGGCGACGAGAAUUAGCCACAACUCUGAAGUCGCUUGCCCCGAAAGAUGCCGCCUCAAUGCAAGCCGCGGCUCGAAAGGCAAAUGUGGAUCUAAGUCGCCUCGACGCGGAUCUACCCCUCUUGCUGCGAGACGACGAAGCAGAGGAGGAGGAGGAUCCCAUGGAGAUUGACCACAAACCUGUUGAAGAUGAGAGCACACGUACACCAAUCGACCUGGAAGACUUGCCGGAACUUCCAAGCAAGCAUGCCUCGUUCCUUGAUACUUCCAACCAAAGUCUCUUCGAGGAAUACCGCAACACGUUUCAGAAGGCCCUUCCUUCCGAAAAAGAGCUUUCAGCACUUCUGAACAUUCCAUCUUUGGAACGCACUGCAUCUACGAAACAACCAAGCGUCUUCACCUUCUUUGCCCGCAUAUGGACAAGCGACGUACCGCUGUCUGCGCGUUUGAAAGCUCUUCAGAUUACUGUUGAAUUGCUGCAGCACAUGGAAAAGGAGCAUUUGUGUGACAUGCAAGCCUUGCUGCCAUACGUGAUCGCUGGCCUCUCCGAUCCCAUCAAGUCCAUACGUUCCGCUUCAGCAUUGACUUGCCGAGUACUGGGGAGUCUCUAUGCCAAGACCAAAGCUUCUGAGCUCUCUGUUUGGGGUAAAGCCGACAUAUACGGAAAGGAGACUUCACAGGUCGCAUGGCUUGCACCAAGCGACGCUCAGAAGAUUGUGUCCGAUGGAUUGCUGCCACUCCUUGAGGACUGCGUUAUCGAUGGAGAGUACAUCUUACAUGCGCUCCCAGACACCAUAAACGCCACUGCAAAGACAGGGCGCAAAGAAUUGAAGAGCGGCUUGCGCGCCGCUUUGUACUCAUUCCUGGCGUCUCAUGCUGUAGUGUCUCCCGUCCUUACUCUCAAACUUAGACUCUUGUCCAUGUUGAGGAAGGUUGGCAAAGCUGCAGGACCUGGAAGAUCGCAGAUCCUCCUGCCUUACAUUCGAGCUCGCGUAGCCGAGUUGAAAGGGCUCGCAAACUCGCCAACGCUGGCUUUAAAGACAGCUUUAGUGGCCUGCGUCACUCACCGUAGCGCCGACGAGCUUCAAUUCCUCAGGGAAUUGUCCUCUGGUACAUUGGGGAGCGAGCAGGAUUCGAAGCUUGGAUUCGAUCGCAUCCGCGAUAUCUGGCCAAUCAUGAAAGUAACUUCACAAGCGGAAACAGUCCACUGGAUGCUCAAAGCUUUCUUGAACCCGGAGACUUCGGAGGAUGUGCAGAGCAAUGCCUUGGAGACGCUUCGAAGCAUUUCAUUGCCGACAGAAGUUUUAGUGCACCUCGUUGAGAAUCUGCCAAAUGUUGCAGACCUUCAAGAGCAGCACCCCUCCGCCGCUAAGCGGCAACGGACUAGCAGAGUAUCAGAGGCUUCCAAGCCUGGCAGCGUGGACAAAUCGAAGCUUGAUAUUGCUAUACGUCGGAUCACAAUCGUCCUUGAGCUGAUCGAGGGAUCAAAGGCCGAGAGGCAUCCGCAACUACUCAAAGGGCUGUUCCAUCUCCUUAGCGAGCUCCACCAUUACAAGGCGCUCAUGGAAUCGGAGCUGGUGUACCUCCAACAACUGCUUGUGAACAGCCUACUUUCUGUCGUCAGCGGGUUGAAGGCUGCUUCCAACACCGAGGUGGACAGGUCUGUCAUCAGGGCCGACCUAAUCGUCGAUACCGUGCGCACAACCUCGAAUCCGCAGGUGCGACAGGUGGCAUUGCUACUCAUGUCCGCCCUGGCAUCUUGGGCUCCGGACCUGGUUUUGCACAGCGUAAUGCCAUUGUUCACUUUCAUGAGUUCCACCAUUCUGAAACAAGGAGACGAAUACAGUGCACAUGUCACUGAUCAGACAGUUGCUAGCAUCAUUCCUCCCUUGGCCGACUCUCUCAAGAAACGAGGCAAAGAAUUGAUCAGCGGAGCCGCGGAUCUUUUGCUGAGCUUCACGGCAGCAUAUGAGCACAUUCCAUUGCAUCGCCGUCACAAUCUCUUCCAGCAUCUCGUACAAACGCUCGGAGCUCGAGAGUCUCUCUUCGCGAUUGUGGCCAUGCUGAUCGAGAGAUAUCCAGACGAAGCGAGUGUGUCGCCCUUCGUCUCUACUUUAAUGGACGAGUUUGCGGUCAGCGUGCAGUUGCACGCUGUUCGACAGUACCUCGACCUAAUAUUCGAUACCCGCAAGUCGAAGCGCGGACUAUCUGAUGUCAUUCUCGUGUUCGGCGACAAGAACGCCAAGCAAGCGACGACAGCGACUUCAACGCUAUUGGAAGGACUCUCGGACAUCCUCUCACGCCGUACGUUCCGUAAGAGCCUGGCCAAGGAAUUGAUGAAAGGUGAUGAUGAGGCCGAGAGCCUUCGAAUCGCAUACUCGGAAGUCCUGGAGAGGACCAUACAGCUAGAUCUUCAGCUGAAGGACGUGGAUUCUCUAAGCGAUAACGCAGGCGAAGUUCUCACCGCGUUGCUGGGCCUCAUGCCAACCAAGGACUUCAUCGACUCCAGUGCAAAGCUUAUGCAGACUGGGUCGGAUGUAAUUCGCCAGCAGGUCUUCUGGUCGCUUGAACAACGAGUUAACACCGCCAAGCGAGCCGACAAUGCCUUACAGCAAAUCUUCAUGGAAGUACUACCCAACUGUGCUGCCUUCGUCAUACCAAGUCAACCGGCCGCUACUCGCCUUGCCGCCAUUACGUGUAUUGAUCGCAUCGCGGAGAAGUUUGGAAAGACUGAUCGCGCUAAGGUCGCAGAGACCGCUCAAGUAGUUGCUAGCGAUGCUGCUCUCGGGGAUGACGAUCAUUCAUUAAGGCGUAUGUCGCUACUCUGCUUGGCUAGCAUGGUGGAGGUCCUCGGUGGUGAAUUCAUCCCGAUUCUGCCUAGAACACUGGAUCGAGCACUGCAAUACUUGGAAGCGACAAUUGGAGACGACGAGACAGACUAUGAUCUACUUGCUGCGUGUUUCAGCUUGGCGAUGGCGGUGUUGGAUCACGUGCCGUGGAUGCUUUCCGGACCAUAUCUUGAACGUCUACUUCGACUUGCAAGUGAAGCAGACGAGGAGAACGCGAAGCAGUUCAACGAACUCGCAGCAAAGCAAGUGCCUGUUCAGGACUGCCUGUCUGCAAUUGAUCGAACCUGGAAAGACAUCGUCACUCUCGAUGUUUCUGCUGUGCAGCUGCACGUGGAUACAUUGCACGCUGUCAUCAAGCAGCAUACGAAGUCUGAGAUCACCAAAAAUGCCCAGCUUCUCUUCUCUAUUCUGUCAGAGGCUUUCGACCUGAGAAGGCGACUUCAUACAGACGGCAAGUACCGUGGAGACGAUACAAUAUUUGACUCGAUCAACAACACUACCAUGGACGCUGUACUGAAGCUCAAUGAUGCGACCUUCAGACCUUUCUUCCUGCGGCUCGGAGAGUGGGCAUUCACAGGCUCUGGCAAAGACCGUCAAGGAUUGAUCUACAAGGCGACCAGCCUUUACAGUUUUGCGUUUGCUUUCUUUGAACAGCUCAAGAGUCUUGUGACAAGCUAUGUCAGCUUUAUACUCGACAAUUCCGCGGGUCUACUUCAGACUAUGUCGCCUAUCAAAGAGGCGGAACGUGAACUUCUUGUUCUCGUUGUACGAACCUUGUCUUCCAAUUUCGCCAGCGACCAGGAUGGAUUCUGGCAGUCGCCUUCGCAUUUUGAUACUAUAGCGAAACCGCUCCUGGAACUUCUCAAGAAGGCGUCGAUCCUUGAUCCGAAUGAGCACAUCAUUCCAGCCAUUACGGAGUUGGCCGCUGCUGCUAACAGUCCAGAGCAUCACAAGACUAUCAACAGCUUCUUGACGUCUGACUUAAUGCGGCACGAAGAUGCAGCAGUCAAGUUGGCUGCAGUCAAGUGCGAGAGAGCUCUGACCGGUAAGCUGAACAUUGAAUGGUGCCAGUUCAUUCCCGAAUGGUUGCCUUUCAUCAGCGAACUGCAGGAAGACGACGAUGGGGCUGUGGAAAGGGAGACUUUGAGGUGGAUCAAGCAGGUCGGGGAGGUUACUGGGGAGGAUCUGAACAGUAUGCUGCAGUGA